UGAGAUAAACAGAGAAUUCAACGGUUACUGUAUUAUGAGAACCGGGCCUACGUUUAUUAACCCAUACUUGCAUAAAGGCCAAUUUUAUAACUACCAGAAACAAAGAGUUGGCAACACUGAACGUUUUACAUACGUGCGUAUCAAGGUUGACGAUCACAUAUGGAUAAAGGAUGCUUUUGACUAUUCUGAAUUUACUCAGGAGCAUUGGAUAUUCAAUUUAGCUAAAGCGUACGUUCCUGAGAAUCUUUGGGAGCAUAUAGUUCCGAGUAACGCUCCAGCACACGUAUCUGAUGAAGAACUGAGCAAUAGAUUAAAAUAUUAUGAGAAUUAUGUGAACAGUUUGGGGCAUUCUGGUAAUACAGUCCAUUCGGCAUCUGCAUGGAAUCCUAACGAUAUAGAUUCUUUACUUGGUCCUAUGUCUGCAUUGAAUUUACAACGCCGUACAGACAACUUGAGGGAUAAUUACAAUCUUCAUGCCGAAAGAGCAACUAAUGCUCUUGCUACUUAUCUAGACCAAGGGCUGUCUACACCCAGGAUGUUACAGAAUGCGAAUAGCAGUUCCCAAAGAGGAAAUAAUGCAGAAGCACGAAGAGUACGUCAACGUACAUAUCGCGAUUCUUAAAGUUAAAC